CCGCAGCAGGCUAAGAAGAGGGUUGCGCUCGGGAAUUUGACCAAUCAGGCGGUUGCAUCGAGGGGUUUUUCUCGAGCUCCGGCGUCGAAGGGGACCAAUAAGGCGAAUACAACAUCUGCUACAGCUUCUAUUGUGAAGAAGGGAUCAGCUACGUCUGCUCGUGACGGGGGAUUACAUCGUAAUUCUUUAGCUACAUCCUCUGUUGUGAAACCGGCUACUAGUACAUCAAGCAAGGCUCCUUUGCUCGCUAUAAACAAUGAACCUAAGAAAACGGCUGGUGCAAGACUUGUACCUUGCAAUGCUGCCAUGUCCCCAACUCGGUCCAGAAACUCUUCUAUUUCUUCAGAUGAAAGUAUGUCUACUUGUGAGUCUAUGAAAAGCCCGGAGUUUGAGUAUAUAGAUAAUGCAGAUUCAGCUGUGGCUUCUUUGGAAAGACGAGCUAUUAACAAUCUCCACAUUUCUGAGGUGUCAGAUGCAGAUGGAUACACAUGCAAGAGAGAGAUUGCUGUACCCAUGGAGACUGAUAACAUCAUUGAUGUUGAUGAUGACCACAAGGAUCCCCAGUUGUGUGCAACACUUGCUUGUGAUAUUUACAAACAUUUACGGAUAGCAGAGGCUAAGAAAAGACCUUCUACGGACUUCAUGGAGAGGGUUCAGAAAGAUGUAAAUGCAAGCAUGCGCUCAAUCCUUAUAGAUUGGCUUGUAGAAGUUGCAGAAGAAUACCGGCUUGUACCAGACACACUAUACUUGACUGUGAAUUACAUUGACCGGUAUCUCUCUGGUAAUGAGAUGAACCGCCAGCGACUGCAGCUUCUUGGAGUUGCUUGCAUGUUGAUAGCAUCGAAAUAUGAAGAGAUAUGUGCGCCACAAGUGGAAGAAUUUUGCUAUAUAACCGACAACACUUACUUUAAGGAAGAGGUAUUGCAAAUGGAAGCUGCCGUUCUAAAGUACUUGAAGUUCGAAAUGACAGCCCCAACAACCAAAUGUUUCUUGAGGAGAUUCGUCAGAGUUGCUCAAGGAUGUGAUGAGGCUCCCCUACUACAAUUAGAGUAUCUUGCCUGCUAUAUUGCAGAGUUAUCACUUCUUGAAUACGAUAUGCUUGGUUAUCUUCCAUCAUUGACAGCUGCUUCUACUAUUUUUCUGGCAAAGUUCAUACUUCAACCAACAAAACAUCCUUGGAAUGCCACCUUGCAUCAUUACACCCUGUAUCAGCCCUCUGAACUAUGUGAAUGUGUGAAAGCUCUACAUAAUCUUUAUUGUUAUAGCCCUGGCAACAACUUGCCAGCAAUCAGGGAAAAAUACAGCCAGCACAAGUACAAGUAUGUGGCCAAGAAAUUUUGCCCUCCAUCAAUACCUACAGACUUCUUCCAGAGUCCAAGCAAUUAGGUUUUACAUCAAGAGCCAUCCAACUCUUUGUUGAAUGUUUUCAGUAACUUGUUGUGAGUGAUGUACCUUCGAGUUGUGAUAAUCUCGGGCUAUGAUCACUCUCUGUGUUGACUUGUUCCAAUUGUAGAUUUUAGAGCAGAUGUUUUUACUAAUAAGGAUAUGGUAUUGGUGAAGGUGCCAAGAAUCUGCUGUUGUAAUUUUCCAUGCAAUUUUUUUCUUCCUUAGGUCAUCACAAGGCCAUUAUCUUGAAGUUUUCAGAUCUUGAUGUCGGUUUUGAUGCUAAAGCGUCUGUCCUCGAGAAAUAUAACAAGCUGUGAAGAGGAAUAGUCAGGUAGCUUGUUGAUGAAAUAUAGGUGUCUGUCCUCGAGAAAUAUAGCAAGCUGUGUAGAGAAAUAGUCAGGUAGCUUGGUGAUGUAGAAAGUUCUAAAUGAAAUUCACACUUUUGAAGGAUGAA